AUGAACCUCACCUUUCUGCCUCGCCAACCACUACGUGGAUCCAAGAAGCGCACCCGAGCGGUGGCUGAUAUCGACGGCGAACAUUCGUGUGUACAGAAGAAGAAACGACGACUUCGAUUAUUCCUUAUCACUUCUCGGUUAUCGCCACAAUUCUCUUUUCCAGCAACCAACAUUGUGGAUCGCGGCAGCUCCAAGAUUGCAGUAUGGGCCAAGCAGAAGGCACUUGGGCGGAACCUGCUCAGGAAGGCCGCCAUCCUGAAUGGGGUACGCAGACGAUUGAUUCUGACCAAAGAAGCACAGAGCGGAUGUGGUCGUGUACCAGUCGAGCAAGAGAGAGAACAAGCACAACUUGAAUUAGCGAGGCUGGAGUUCAACCAUGGCAGUGUUGACACUUACACCAGACCAGUAUUGUCGCGAGAUCCGUCAGUACCACCCAGUGCUGCUGUGAGGACUGGGGGCCACUUUGUAGUCUCUGGAUCGCCUACAAACUCUCCGCCCUCAUCAAGAAGUCCUUCGCCUACCUCGUCUUCACCAACAACAAGGGACUCCCCUGAUGAGGCUGCCGUCUUCCGCUCGCCAAAUGAAGCAUGGUCUCACUCCGCGAGAGAUACGACAUCACGCCGAGACUACCUACCUAUGCCGCCAUCGCCACUUGGAAUCUCGAAUUAUGAUGCUUUUGAUGGCGAUGGAGAUUCGUUCGACCCGUAUGCUCAUCUCGACGACGAAGACGAGCCAAUACCAAACCCUUACGACGACGAUAAUGAUGAUGACGUGCCUUUCUCGCCAUCUGUCGUCACCGCCGGCUCGUCUACCACUUCACACACCGGCACUACGAAUGCAACCAUGUUUUCCGAUCUUAUCGGGUUGGAUCACUCAGAAUCAGUAUUCGGAGAUUACGACCAGGUAGACGACGGCGCGGAUGCCAUAUGGCCGAGGGUAUCUACACCGGGUAGCCCAAGUCCUACACUUAUGUCAACAUCGCCAGACGUCUCUGCCUUGUUUGCAACAUGCUUGGUUGCACCCAAAAGAACGGAUUCGUUUGCCAUGUCGCCUGAUCACCGUCCACGCAAGCUGACUAAAUCUGUGUCCCCAGAGAUGCUUGCGGUGACCACUACAGCGGCCACUUCUCCGAAUUUCACGUCUGCAUCACCAACCAUGCCGGCUUCUCCUAAUUUCAUACCAACAACAGUACCAAUGUCACCAAAUUUCUCUCUUGCAUCGACGUCACCAAACUUCGCCUCGUCGACCGCGACGGCAUCGAUAUCCCCGAAUUUCUCAUCAUUAGCUGCUCCAGCCUCACCAAAUUUCCCACCGAUACCGAAGUCGCCGAAUCUUAGUGCACUCGACGCAUCCAUGACAGCACAAAACCCAUCAGCAUGGAACCACCCGGACACACAUUCGACAGAAGCAGGCGGAUCUGUCCAUACCAACGAUGUGGAACAAGAGCGCAGACGGCAGAGGAACUUGAUGUUCAUGCGUUUCGGAUCAUGA